AUGGCCCUCUCUGAAUCCCAGGCUCCGGCUGGUGACAGAGAGCCCCACGCUUCCCUGACCGUCCACGCCCUGAAUGUCCUGACCAGCCUCCCUGCCACAGGCCUGGCCAUGCGCUUCCUGUGGCUGGAAGAUCCUAAUGCAUCGUGGAUGGAGCUGAUGAAGAGUGCAACCAACACAGACGGGCGUUUGGACAAGAGCAGCCUGGCACUCCAGCAGUUGAAAGCGGGCACCUACAAGCUGCACUUUGAAACAGGGCCAUACUGGCACCAACUGGGCUACUACUGCUUCUACCCUUACAUGGAAGUUUUGCUCCCCGACUGGGUAAAGUCUGAGGCUGGUGGGAAGGGAAGCAGGAGGAACUGUGGCACACCAGAGAGGACUGAAGGCCAGGUCCCUGCCCUCUUACAGAUGACCUUCCUGUUGUGGCUCAACAUAUAUAUGCAUAUACAUAUAUAUAUUUGGACAACAGCUUUUUUGUCUGUUCCAGGUCGUCUUCACCAUCACAGAGGCAGAACCAAAGGUCCACAUCCCGCUGCUGCUCAGACCCUAUUCCUAUACCACCUACAGGGGAAGCUAGUUCAAGAGAUGGGGCUGGCUCAGAGAAGGGCCACUCUCGGGGAAUUCAGACCACACUGGCUUGUUUCCAAGAACUGA